GUAUUCAAAGAAUCUUUGAACUUGUUUUAAUACAUUUUGUUAUCCGUAUCCAGAAACCUCUGUAUCGAUAUCAUUGUGCAGCGACAUUUCUCCUCCGAAUUUUUGUUGUCUUUUUUUGACUUCGGAACACGUCGAUAGUAUUGGCAGCACUGAACUUUGAAGUAAUAUCUAAUCGUUGCAGGAUGCAAUCACCAAUAACCAAUCACAAGGAUAUUUAGAGAUUUUAGGACUGUUGUCGAUGUCGAAGUAUUUAUUCUAUUUAGUGAUUCAGAGUUUCUAAGGAAAACAAAAGUUUCUUUCACUUCCGACGUGCAGGAAUACCAAGUAAUGUAUUGCUUUAGAUCGAGUAUUUAAGAGAGUGUUUUAUAUGUUAGGGUGUAGAAAGUUGAAGGAAAAUAUUGAGAAAAAUGCCUUUAUUUGGUAAAGAAAAGAAAACGAAGAAAGAUGGAAAAGAUACUGAUAAACAACCUUCUUUGGAAGAUAAAUAUUACAUGAAAGAACUACUUGGAACUGGCGCUUUCUCAGUGGUCAGGCUAGCAGAAAGUAAAGAAAAUCCCGGUUUUCUGCAUGCUGUUAAAAUUAUUGACAAAAAGGCUCUCAAAGGUAAAGAAGAUUCUUUGGAAAAUGAAAUCAAAGUCCUUCGUAGGUUGAAACAUCCUAACAUUGUUCAGCUGCAAGAAACCUUCGAGGAUAAGUCAAAGGUUUAUCUUAUUAUGGAAUUGGUUACUGGGGGUGAACUAUUUGAUAGAAUUGUUGAAAAAGGAUCUUAUACUGAGAAAGAUGCUGCCCAUUUGAUACGACAGGUCUUGGAAGCUGUAGAUUAUAUGCAUGAGCAAGGUGUUGUGCAUCGCGAUCUCAAGCCUGAAAAUCUACUUUAUUAUAGUCCAGAUGAAGAUAGUAAAAUAAUGAUAAGUGAUUUUGGAUUAUCAAAAAUGGAGGAUUCUGGAAUCAUGGCUACAGCUUGUGGAACACCAGGUUAUGUAGCUCCAGAGGUGCUUGCUCAAAAACCAUACGGAAAAGCAGUAGACGUUUGGAGUAUAGGAGUUAUAUCAUAUAUUUUAUUAUGUGGUUACCCUCCAUUUUAUGAUGAGAACGAUGCAAAUUUGUUUGCGCAAAUACUCAAAGGCGACUUUGAAUUUGAUUCCCCAUAUUGGGAUGAAAUUAGUGAUUCAGCAAAAGAUUUCAUAAGAAACUUGAUGUGUGUUAAUGUUGAGAAGAGAUACACUUGUAGACAAGCUCUACGACAUGAGUGGAUUUCUGGUAACGCUGCCAGUAAUAAGAAUAUUCAUGGAACUGUAGCAGAACAGCUGAAGAAAAAUUUCGCUAAAUCCCGUUGGAAGCAAGCCUACCACGCCACUACUGUUAUUAGACAAAUGCAAAAAAUGGCUUUAAGUAGCGGAAGUGGAGGAAAAUGCAGUCCAACUCCACAACGUAACAUGUCCACUCAGUCUAGUGGAACACCUUGCGGAAGUCUAAAUGGUGCCCAAGACAAGUGAAUGUGUGUGUGUGUGUGUUUGUGUGUAUGUAUAUACACACAUUGUUUCUCCACUAUACAUUUAAAGAUUAACUCGAAACUCAAGUUCUUGAAAUUAAAAGCUUAACAAAAUGUCAGGUGGUUUUCAAAAUGUAAUAUUUUGAUUCUGUAGAUUCUUGUUUAGAUAUAUCAAAUUUUAUAUCGAUUAUUUGCUGAUCUGGUGAGAUAAUAUCUAGUUCUGUGAGUUGAAAUGAAGUUUCAGUAAGUAAUCACUAGGUAACGACUCCAAAAAAAAUUGCAAGAUUGGUUUUCAUGUUGUAAGAAGAUAAUAUAACUGCUGCACUGCGAAACACCCAGUCCAUGAAUAACAACGAUUUUUCAAAUUUGUUCUGUCCUUGCAAUGCUCAGUAUAUUGACUUCAUACCCCAUUGCAAGUUUUAUUUCUUCAUGAAUGAAAUCCAAAGUUUGGGUAUUUGUUCACCAAAAUGAUUAACAAUCUUCAAAUGUUUUUUUUUGUGUAUUUGACUAAAUAUUUGAAGGAACUCUGUGAAAAAUACUCACAUCUCAAAUAAAUUUAAAAAUUCCCUGGAAAAUAAUAACUUCUUCAAACGUUAUUUUUUUGUUUUUGACAAAAGCUUCCAAGGAACUCUAUGGAAAAUAUUCACGUCUUCAAAUAAAUUUGAUAAUUCAUCAUUCAGGAAAGACUCUGAAUUUAUGACGUAUAUCAGUUUUUAUUUAUGAUGAUGAGAAAAGAACCUUUUCU